UUAUCAAUACCACUCAUUUCCUACUCUCCACUUCCCCUCAGCUCAAUAAUAAUCAUUUGAUUUCAUCUUCGUCUACUACUAACAAUUAUAAUAAUGGCUACCACAUGGUUUUCUCUUAUCUUGAGUUUCCUUUUGCUUUUGCAUGGCAACUUUGCUCAACAAAGGUACCAACAACAACAAGGCCAAUGUCAAAUUAACAGACUUAAUCCACAAGAGCCAUCUUUUAGAAUGCAAGUUGAAGCUGGAGUUAAUGAGGUUUUUGACCCAAAUGAUCUACAAUUUCAGUGUGCUGGAGUUUCACUAUUUCGACAUGUUAUUCAGUCUAGAGGCCCUCUUUUGCCUUCCUACACUAGUUCUCCACUACUUGCCUAUGUUGUUCAAGGUGAACAAAAGUUGAUGAUUUUAUGGCAUAAUGAACUCGGGUUGCCCAAGACAUUCCAAUCAUCUCAACAAACUCAACAGGGAAUUAGAAGCAGCAGAUUCCAAGAUUGCCAUCAAAGAAUUGAGCAAUUUAGACGAGGUGAUAUAAUGGCAUUUCCAGCAGGUGCUGCACAUUGGGUCUAUAAUGAAGGAAAUCAAGAAGUUGUUACUGUUGUUCUUGAAGAUGCUUCUAACAAUGCCAACCAAUUAGACCAAAACGCAAGGAGGUUCUUUAUUGUUGGAAACCCGCAACAAGGACGACAACAACAACAAGAGAGGCAAUACCGUGGCCCCAUGAGAAGGGAGCAAUGUCAAUCUGGCAAUGUUUUCAGUGGCUUUGAUGUAGAAAUUCUAUGAGAAGCAUUUGGUGUUGACAGGUCAUGUUGGGUAUGCGAACAAAGUACUAUAUUGGUAGUCGGAAAGAAAAAAGAGUUACUUAUAAAGAGUUGGAUACUUUGUU